AUGAUGAACACUUCUACCACCACCCACUUUCUAAACCCUCUAGCCAUGGUCAUUUUGUUAACCGUGAUGACCUUUUUGGCUAACUCCCAAGACGACGUUUCAGCAAUGCUGGCUCUCAAGAACAGCCUCAACCCGCCGGGGUGGUCCGGCCCGGACCCAUGCAAAUGGGACCACGUGGGGUGCUCCGACGACAAACGGGUCACCCGGAUCCAAAUCGGGCGCCUCAACCUCCAAGGCACUCUCCCUGCAACCCUUCAGAACUUGACCCAGUUGGAACACUUGGAGCUCCAAUACAACAACAUCUCGGGUCCUAUUCCCUCACUCAACGGCUUGCCCAACCUCCGAGUCUUCAUUGCCAGCAACAAUCGCUUCUCCGCUGUUCCCGCUGACUUCUUCGCUGGCAUGUCGCAGCUCCAGGCGGUGGAGAUCGACAACAACCCCUUUGAGCCCUGGGAGGUUCCUCAGACUCUCCGCAACGCUUCUGUGCUUCAGAACUUCUCCGCCAACUCUGCCAACGUCAGAGGCACUCUGCCGGAUUUCUUCAGCUCCGACGUGUUUCCUGGUUUGACCCUUCUGCACUUGGCCAUCAAUAACCUCGAGGGGACGUUGCCUUUAAGCUUUUCUGGCUCCCAGAUUCAGUCUUUGUGGUUGAACGGGCAGAAGAGUUUUAACAGGCUCGGUGGCAGUGUUGGUGUUUUGCAGAACAUGACUUUCUUGACCGAGGUUUGGUUGCAUUCCAAUGCUUUCACGGGUCCCUUGCCUGAUUUGUCCGGUUUGAAGAGUUUGCAGGUUUUGAAUUUGAGGGAUAACAGGUUUACUGGUCCUGUUCCGGCUUCGUUGGUGGGUCUGAAGACGCUUGAAGUUGUGAACUUGACUAAUAACUUGUUUCAGGGUCCAAUGCCGGUGUUUGGCAAUGGAGUUGAAGUGGAUAAUGGUAAGGAUUCCAAUAGUUUUUGUUUGUCAGGACCUGGUGAUUGUGAUCCCAGGGUGCAGUUUCUUCUAUCUGUUGUUGGGCCUAUGGGAUAUCCUCAAAGGUUUGCUGAGAGUUGGAAGGGGAAUGAUCCUUGUGCUGAUUGGAUUGGAAUUACUUGUGGAAAUGGGAAUAUAACAGUUGUUAAUUUUCAGAAGAUGCAACUUAGUGGUGAGAUAUCCCCUGAGUUUUCAAAGAUUAAAUCUUUGCAAAGAAUAGUACUUGCGGAUAACAAUCUCACUGGUUCGAUUCCAGUAGAGCUUACUACUUUGCCUCUGCUUAGUCAAUUGAAUGUUGCGAACAAUCAGCUUUAUGGGAAGGUGCCGAGUUUUAGGAGUAAUGUAGUUGUGAUUACUAGUGGUAAUGUUGAUAUAGGGAAGGAUAAGAGUAGCCAGUCCCCUCAGGGUUCAGUGUCUCCAACGGCUCCCAAUUCAAAGGGAGAAAAUGGUGGGGGUUCUGGAUAUGGUGGAAAAAAGUCAUCCCAUGUGGGAGUGAUCGUCUUUUCGGUGAUUGGGGCGGUGUUUGUGGUUUCUAUGAUUGGUUUCUUGAUUUUCUGCCUGUUUAGGAUGAAGCAAAAGAAGUUGAGCAGGGUCCAGAGCCCAAAUGCACUAGUUAUUCAUCCUAGGCAUUCUGGGUCGGAUAAUGAGAGUGUGAAGAUAACGGUUGCAGGUUCAAGUGUCAGUGUUGGUGGUGCCAGUGAAACGCGAACCAUACCUGGCAGUGAGGCAGGAGAUAUUCAAAUGGUUGAAGCCGGAAACAUGGUCAUUUCCAUACAAGUUCUGAAGAAUGUCACGGAGAACUUCAGUCAGAAUAACAUAUUGGGACAAGGAGGUUUUGGAACGGUUUACAAAGGUGAACUUCAUGAUGGCACAAGAAUUGCAGUGAAAAGAAUGGAGUGUGGGGCAAUAACUGGGAAGGGUGCAGCAGAAUUUAAGUCUGAAAUUGCUGUUUUGACAAAGGUUCGCCACCGGCAUCUAGUAGCUCUUCUAGGUUACUGCUUGGAUGGGAAUGAGAAGCUGCUUGUGUACGAGUACAUGCCUCAAGGAACACUGAGUAGGCAUCUUUUUAACUGGCCAGAAGAAGGACUGGAACCACUGGAGUGGAAUAAAAGAUUGACAAUUGCCUUAGAUGUGGCAAGGGGUGUCGAGUACCUCCAUGGCUUGGCCCAUCAAAGCUUCAUACACAGGGACUUAAAACCUUCAAAUAUUCUCCUUGGAGAUGACAUGAGGGCAAAGGUUGCAGAUUUUGGUCUUGUACGUCUUGCUCCGGAAGGAAAAGCAUCUAUAGAAACAAGAAUUGCAGGAACUUUUGGAUAUUUGGCACCAGAGUAUGCAGUCACUGGCCGUGUGACGACUAAGGUUGACGUGUUCAGCUUUGGGGUAAUACUGAUGGAGCUGAUAACAGGAAGAAAAGCUCUUGAUGAGACUCAACCCGAGGAUAGCAUGCACCUUGUAACAUGGUUCCGCAGAAUGUCCAUAAAUAAGGACUUAUUCCGCAAGGCCAUUGACUCCGCAAUCGAUCUCAACGAGGAAACUCUUGCCAGUAUCCAUACUGUAGCAGAGUUAGCUGGCCACUGCUGUGCGAGGGAGCCAUAUCAAAGGCCUGACAUGGGUCAUGCUGUUAACGUGCUUUCUUCUCUUGUUGAACUCUGGAAACCUUCUGAUCAGAACUCUGAAGAUAUAUAUGGCAUUGACCUUGACAUGUCCUUGCCACAAGCACUUAAGAAGUGGCAGGCUUAUGAAGGUAGAAGUCAAAUGGAGUCCUCUUCAUCUUCGCUUCUACCAAGUUUGGAUAACACACAGACGAGUAUACCUACGCGCCCAUAUGGAUUUGCUGAUUCUUUCACAUCAGCAGACGGUAGGUGA